AAAUUUUUUCGCCACCUGGUGAGGCGGGGCGGAAACGGGCAACAAAAGAAAAUGCGUUACUCUAAGAACCCUACCCGUCAAUAAUAACCCUAUUCAUCUUGUUUCUGUUAAACAUCCUCCCUCUUGGUUGACUCUUCACUCCGGAAAGCAUGGAGUGCCAGUACGUGGCCACCCAGCGGGGGGGCAUAGCACUGCUGUACGAGGGGCACCGCUACAACAAGGUGCGCGACGGCAAGGAGGGCACGGUGUACUGGCGCUGCGCUCGGGACCGGCAGUGCCCCGGUCGGGCCGUCACCGUCUACAGCCGCAUCAAGAAGGCCAACAACAAGCACAACCACCCGCCGGACGCCUGGCGGAACAAGGUGGACCAGGUGGUGUCGGACUUGAAAUUGCGCGCCCAGGACGAUGCCACCACCCUGCCCACCCUGUUCACGGAGACGCUCAAGUACCUGGCCUCAAGCCACCAGGUGGCCGCCCUGGCCAUGCCCACCUUCCCCAGCUUCAAGGGCACUGUCUGCAAGCCCCGCCACCAGCUUGUGCCCUCCCUGCUCCAGCUGCGCGACUUCCGUCCAGAAGACAAUUGGCUUUACGCCAACACAGCGGAUGAGCCCUCCACAUCGGAACCACUAGACAUGGCACUACGAAAUACGGGAACAUUGCUCAAACGCCUGCGAGCGCUAAUGAAAAAUACGACUUACGUCAGCGAAACGAUUCAGGCCUACAUAGUACCAUCUGGAGAUGCCCAUCAGAGUGAAUAUAUCGCACCUUGUGAUAAACGAAGAGCUUUUCUCACUGGAUUUAGUGGAAGUGCUGGAACAGCCAUUGUGACUGAGGAUCAUGCCGCACUCUGGACUGAUGGUCGAUACUUUCUGCAAGCAGAACAACAGUUGGACUCUAAUUGGAUCCUCAUGAAAGAUGGUAUACCAGGCACACCAUCUCAGGGAGAGUGGCUUUGUAAGGUGCUGUCAACUGGUAGCAGAGUAGGCGUGGACCCAUUUCUCAUGCCUUAUGAUGCUUGGAAGCUGCUGAGCAACCAACUGGAUGUGUCAGGCCAUUCCCUGGUGCCAGUCUCACAGAAUCUAGUCGAUUUGAUUUGGGAGGAGCGGCCCUCACCACCCAGCCGCCCUCUUGAUUCACUUUCCAUCAUCUACACUGGCAAGUUCUGGCAGGAGAAAAUUUCUGACAUCCGGCAGGACAUGAGCCAAAAGUCAGCAGCAGCAUUAGUGAUCACAGCCUUGGAUGAAAUAGCAUGGCUCUUCAACCUCAGGGGAUCGGACAUUGAUUACAACCCUGUCUUUUUUGCGUAUGCUGUGAUCACCAUGGACUCUGCAUAUCUCUUUAUAGAUGAAAACAAGUUAAGUGCCACUCUUCAGCGUCAUCUCUCGAUAGACAGAAAUGAAAAGAACCUUGCUGUUGACAUCAGGCCAUACCGUGUAUUUAAAGACUUCCUUUCCCUGCUGAUCAACCAGCUGUCGGGCAAAUUUUGGGUCAGCAGUUGUUCAAGCUAUGCAGUUGUCAGCCAAGUUCCCAAGGAACGCAGAAUCGAGUCUACUACACCUGUGAUGCUUCGAAAAGCCAUCAAGAAUGAGACCGAAAUUGAAUGCAUGCGACGUGCCCAUAUCAAAGAUGCUGUGGCACUGUGCGAGUUUUUUGUUUGGAUGGAAUCUGAAGUCCCCAAAGGAGAAGUCACCGAGAUGACUGCAGCUGCCAAGCUGGAACACUUCCGAAGGGAACAAGAAGACUACGUAGGACCAAGUUUCGAGACUAUCUCGGCAUCUGGCCCUAACGCGGCUAUCAUCCACUACCGUCCUGAGGAAGAGUCUGACCGGCGGGUAACGACCGAAGAAAUUUAUCUGUGCGACUCAGGUGGCCAAUACAGGGAUGGCACAACAGAUGUGACCAGAACAUGGCACUUCGGCACACCCAGCCAGUACGAGAAAGAAUGCUUCACUCGGGUUGUCAAGGGAAACAUAGCGCUUUCAUCUGCAAUUUUUCCACGCCUUGUGAAAGGGCAAAUGCUCGAUACCUUGGCACGAAGAGCUCUCUGGGAAGUAGGCUUGGACUAUCUUCAUGGAACUGGCCAUGGAGUUGGCGCCUUUCUCAAUGUGCACGAAGGGCCAAUGGGAAUAAGCUGGAUGCCACACCCCAAUGAUCCUGGCCUUCAGGAGGGGAUGAUUCUCUCCAUUGAGCCUGGUUACUACGAAGAUGGCCAAUUUGGAAUUCGGAUUGAGAACCUGGCUCUUGUUCGCAAGGCUGCAACAAAGUACAACUUCAAAGAUAGAGGAUUUCUGGCAUUUGAUUCACUGACAUUGGUCCCCAUUCAGACGAAGAUGCUGAACCCUCUAAUGCUCACUGCCGAAGAGGUGGAGUGGCUUGACACAUACCACCAAGCCUGUCGGGAUGUCAUUGGCCGUGCACUAGAAGAGCAGGGCCGAGACCUUGCUCUCCAGUGGCUGCUUCGAGAGACCCAGCCAUUGGGUUAAAAGAGGGACGAUGCGUCCCCACCUCUGUGUUCGGUAUCGUGCCAAAAGGGUAGUUUUGGAGACAGGGUUUAAGUUUCUCUCUUUUAUGCCAGUCGUCCAUUGCCCAACAUCCCCCGUGCAUUUAGUGAGAGACCUGGCUUUCGGGACUGUAUUGUUUCUGCGCCCCCUUAUUCGCCUGUCCCGUCUAAGGUGGAAGGGGCAUCAUGUGCUGCCUCGCAGCCUUGUAAGCUCUGGUCUGCUGGUGUGUACUGGAAGUGUCUCCCGCAAACACAUGACCAUAUGUCAAAAAGCGACAGCGAGGGCGUAUCAGAGCUUUUGGUGUUGGUCGUGUUUCUUGGAAGCGGGAGAGAAGCUACACUCUUGCCAGUGUGUGUGCACAAAGAGGCCUGUCUGGAGUCAUUUUUCAAGGAGGGAGGAUGUGAUAACAGACGUUUUUGUCGGGUUUCCUAGAAACCCCAGGAGCAUUCAUUGUUAGUGAUGUCCAGUAGGUCCCUGCAACAGGGCUUCGGGGAACUGUUGAGCCUGGCUCAGCAUUUGCACAAACUGCAGUCAUUUUGUAUGUCCUUAUUUUAGGAUUUCUACACACCUUGCCAUUUUUGCUGACAAAACCCUGGGAUGGAAGGGAUGCUCUACUGCUUUGCUAGUUUGUCCUUGGGCAGGAAUGCCUUUUAUUUAGGAAAGCAAAAGUGGAGAGAUUCAGCAGAGCAAGUUUUGCAUGCUAAUUGAAACAAAUCAAAUAGUGUUGGUCCAGUCUACUGGGUAUUGCAUUGAGAGUGACCCAGAGCAAUAAAGUAUUGAUGUCUGGUACUUUUUCACAAAGCAGUAGCUGUGUCUAUGGCCUCAAAAGAAAGAAAAGCAUGGACUUCCCUUGGGUUUUGCAACGCGUAAUGGCAUAAAUGCAAAGCAGUACUAUGAAUACUGCCAUAUGUUAGAUGGCGUUGUUGACAAAGCACCGUAAAACGGAAAUAUUGCAUUGUGGCACAUAUGCAGACAUAGCUUUCAUCGUUUCUUUUUUAAUGUCCUUGACUUGCAUCAAAAUGCAUCCUGCUAUGUAUUGGGCAUAUACAAGUUUUGGCUGUGAAGAAAUGUGCUGCAUCUGUUUUUUUAUUAUAUUACUGUGAUGUAUUGUGUGUUUAUUUCUGCGAGUGAUGCCACCAGUUUGGUGCACGUCUAUCAUUUGGUCUGUCCAAGUGCUGACAGAAUUGUGGCCAUGUGCAUUUUGGAAGUUGUGCAUUUCAUCAGCUACAAGUACAUCUGUGUGUAUUCUGUUUCAUGCAGCUUCAUAAGGAGCCCACGAAAGAGCAUGCCUGUGCAGUUAUGUUGUCAGUUUGUGCUGUCAUUAUUACAUCUUUUAUAAAUUUGUAAGUUAUUAUUAUUGUGUUGGUUAGUGAAAGAUGGAAAUGAAACUUAAUUUCCUAUACGUGAGCAUGCUUAGUGCAUAUUGUUCUGUUUCAGCGAGCUCUUAUGAUUCAUGGGGCAUUACUUUUUUUUUGUACAAGAAUAAUCUAAUGAUGACAUUCCAUUCUGCACUGUUUCUAGAAGCUUGCAGUCAGGUUAUGUGCACAGCAGAUGCGAGACCACUGGUGGAUUUUUUUUCUCGUGGUCGUGGUUUCUGGCCUGUAUUCUGCAAGGUGAUAUGGUUUUGUUGAUCAUCUGCCUCUGUUGAGACAGCUUGUCAGUAAGUCAAUCUAUUGCCUGGCGAUUGAGCUAGUCAGUGAUGCACUAAGGGGGGGGAGCUGCUAUGUGCAUGGGUACAUAGUACAGAGUAUUUUCAUGGGUCACUCUGCCAAAUAUCCUGCAAGGUAUGGGCCAAAAACUGCUGUGGAAUGUGAGCAGGUGCACUAAUUCACAGCCAAUCGGUGUGGCUUUAAGAGACAUUAUUUUUUAUACCUGGAAGGAGCUACGUUUUCAAAUGUAUAACCUGCCCGUGGUUGUUCUGGCCCUGCUUGUUUCAAACACACUACCUCUGAACUUUUUCCAAGAGCUGUAUGGUUGGCAGCCUUGCACUUAUUGAUGUAUUACACAGCAUUUUUAGUGCUGCUUUCUAGGUGGGACUUAUUCUUGGGUGUCUGCACAUUGCGUAGAGGGGGCUGGGGUUGCUUCUGAGCUUUUCAAUAUCCCAUCCUGUACGGGUAGUAGCAGCAGUGUAGAAUGUGUCUUGAGCUAUGGGCAGGCACCUCAAGCAUGCGCAGACCAUUGUGUACUCUGAAAGAGUGCACGUGCUGCUGUCCUUUGGUGUUAUGUGCAUGACAGUGUGUUCUCAUUUGUUGUCUAGCAGUGUAGUGCCUUUUGUUUCCAGCGUUAUCCUCUUGUGCAGUUCAACUGCCAGCAGGUGCAGCAAAACCUUAGAACCUCAGAUUAACAACUAAGGACCUCAUUUGAGCUUUGAAUUGCUACCUCGUCUAAGAAAGGCCUUUGCCUACUCUACUGGGCUGUUUGGUGGUUUUGAUGAAACCAUGCAGGGCAAUAUAUACGAGCCUCUAUUUAUAGGCUAUGUGGGCAGGAUGUGUGUAAUUUUUGAAGAACUGCUUCUUUUGAAACUUUUACAGUUUGCUGGGUGACUGCAGCUCCCAUUGCAAACAGCGCUUUCUGCUGCAUCUACCUCCAAAUAGACUGGCCGUCUAACUCCUUUUGUGGAGAUUAGACGUGGUUCCUAGAAGCUUGGCUUUGGCCACUGCUUUCUGACGCAGAUAUACCUCAAGCAACAUAACUACCCUCAUUUUGCAGGCGCACUCUUGCCAAAUAGCUCUGGCAGCAAUCUCCUGAAAUACCUCAGGCACUGUAGUUUGUUGUGGGAUGGGUCGUGGACGUUGUGGUAUCUCCCAGCAGCCAUUAACUACUGUGUGCAUGUCUGUGUGUGUAUACGUGUUUCCCUUGUGCCAAUGAUGCGGCCCCUAGAGGCCAGGAACUUGUUAGCCUGUCGUGUUGUUUGUGGGGCCUUCCUGCUGGGGAGCGCAUACGGGUGGGCCAAAGCAACCGCACUACCUCUUAAUAGCUAUUGGCGGGGUCUGCAGUCACCCAGCAUCCACAGUGUGCCCUCUGUGGUGUGAUUUCUGCUGUGACCUUUGGAGUGUGCCCAGCUGUGUGUCGUCGACCGGGGUGGUUGGCUGGGCGGUGUCCCCAGGAGUGGAGAGCCAAGCUUCCACUGCCUGGGGUGUCGCUCCUCAGAGGGAAAGGGGGGCUCUGGCACCUCCUCAUUCCCUGUCCACCUAGCAGCUGACCAUCAGUGUCUUCCAGCAGAAAAACAUGUUUUGUCUUGUUGCUGUUAGCGUGACGUAGAGUCAAGGAAAUCACCCGUAACGCAUAUCACACAGUGGAAAAGUGUACAAGACAGGAGCAAUAAUUGUGUUAACAUUCAAUGGAAAUCAGUGUUGCGUGUUUGUUUGUAUAUUAAGAGCAGUCAAACUGCCGUAAUUGUCGUCUUAGCUGAGCAGCCCCUGCAGAAUGGGAGAUAAAGAGCUGCUUCCCCUCUUUUCCACCCCUGCCUGCCCUUCUUGCUCCUCUGCCUUAAGCACUGUCCAUCUGGACAGCCAGAACCAUUCCCGGUUUUGUAGCUCGUCGGGUGGGACGUUAAAACCACAUGCGACCAGCUUUUGUACAACUCUCUUUCCCUGCCAUUUUUGCACUCAAGGAUGAUCCACACACUGUGCACAGGUUUGGCAACUGGUGGAGCAGAUACUUGAGCACUUGAGUUUGUCCUGCUCAUGAUUCUCCCACUCUGUCAGUGGGUGGCCGUAUCGUAGUUUUUUGCUGUCGUCAUGCUGUUGGUGUUGGGUGUGCAUUAUUUCUCAAAAUUUCCUUGGUUGUUGCUUUCUACCUUGACAACUGAUAUCCGCAGGGCUGUCUCUAGCCUUGUGGCAAUACUGGGGCCCUGCCCCUAAGUGUUCGCACUGUCCUGUGCUGUGGCACCUCUGGUCCUUUGUUUGACUGUGCAUUGCAGCUUUGUGCCAUGGUGAAAAACAUUGUGUACCAUGGCUAAAUGGCUAAGCAUUGCUGAUGGCAGGAAAGUGGGUAGGGUGCUGUUCUAAUGUGACAUACCAGACACUAUCAAUUGCAUAAUCUGGCAUUAUGUAUGCAACCUACGUGUUCCAAGGCAAAUUUUGGCUAUAGGAAUAUGAAUUGGCAAAAAAAUUGCAUAGACAGAUUGCACAUAUAGGUUGUAAGUGAAUAUGCUCCACAAGAAUUCACUUACGAUUAGUAUUUCAGUGCUUAGCCUUUUGCCAGUGGAACAGUUUGCAACCACUCUGUAUUACCAGUAGCCGUUAUUUAUGUGGCUAAUGGUUCAUUUUCUUAAGGGCGUAUGCUGUCAAACAGUUGCCCAAAUGGCCAAUGCUGCUCCAUGCACAGCACCAAAAUGUUCCAUUUGGCUAGGAAAGUACAAGUUGGUUCUGCAGGAUGCUGGGUUACACAGUCGGCCCAUGCUAGUUUUCUGAUCAAUGUCACCAAACUUUACAUCUGCCCUAGUCUUUUUUUUUUUUUUUUAGAGGGGCAUGGAAAAAAACUAUGCAGAGGUGAUGGGUUUUUACACAGCCAGUGACUCAAAGUCAUAUUUAAAAAGAAAAAUGGUUUUUAUUUGAUGGAUAAGCAAUAUUUGCUCCCCACUAUGGAGAUUCGUAAUUUUUCUUUGUACAAAUAAUCAAGUGCUCUAUGUUGAAAUAAAGAAUUUUAACAAUGUA